AUGGGCAAUGGGCAGAGUACUCCGUUGCAGCAGUGUUUGAACACUGUCUGCAAUGGACGCAGUGGGUGUGUUGGAUACCCUAGUGAUCCCUUCUACCAGUUGUCCUGGGUCAAGGCCUACAACAAAGCAAUCGACAUUACCCCGAUCGCCGUUAUUCGACCCAACACCUCCAAAGAAGUCGCAGAAGCCAUCAAAUGCGCCGUGCAGAAUAAGGUACACGUUCAGGCCAAGUCUGGCGGGCACUCAUAUGGCAACUAUGGCCUGGGAGGUCAGGAUGGCGAGCUCAUGAUCGACAUGGCCAACUUCAAGAAGUUCAGCAUGGACACCAAGACUUGGCAGGCUACUUUUGGCGCUGGUUAUAAGUUGGGUGAACUCGAUGAGCAGCUACACAAGAACGGCGGCCGUGCCAUGGCCCAUGGAACGUGCCCAGGCGUAGGCGCUGGUGGACACGCAACGAUUGGUGGAAUUGGACCGUCCUCCAGGAUGUGGGGUACCGCUCUUGACCAUGUACUCGAAGUCGAAGUUGUCACUGCCGAUGGCCAGAUUCGCAAGGCCAGCCAGAACGAAAACUCUGAUUUAUUUUGGGCCUUGAGAGGAGCCGGCGCCAGCUUUGGUGUCAUCACCCAAUUCACUGUCCGCACCCAGCCCGAGCCCGGAAACGUGGUAGAGUAUACCUACGGCUUCGUCUUUGGAACCCAGCAGGAAAUGGCCCCGGUGUACGAGUCCUGGCAGAAGCUUGUUAACGAUCCCAAAAUGGACAAGCGCUUUUCUACUUUGUUCAUUGCUCAACCUCUAGGCGCUAUCAUUACUGGCACGUUCUUUGGCACCAAAGCAGAAUAUGAAGCCUCUGGUAUUCCCGCCAAGAUUCCAGGCGGCGGCAAGUUGGAUCUGAAAGUCAUGGACUGGUUAGGUUCACUCGCUCAUAUUGCCGAAAAGACUGGCCUGGCUCUCAGCGACAUACCUACCGAGUUUUAUAGCAAAUCACUCGCUUUGCGUCAGCAAGAUGCCCUUACCCACGACACUAUCAACAAGCUCUUCAAUUAUACUGGCACAGCUGAUCCCGGCACUCUUAUCUGGACUGUCAUCUUCGAUUCAGAGGGCGGAGCCAUCAACGAAGUUCCCGACGACUCUACAGCCUAUCCCCAUCGCGACAAGCUCAUGAUGUACCAGUCCUACGUUAUUGGCCUCCCCUUGAGUGAGAAGACCAAGAAGUUUGCUGAAGGCAUUCAUGACAUUAUUCAGAAAGGCUCACCAAACGCCAACACGCGGUAUGCCGGGUAUGUCGAUCCUGCUCUUGGCCGAUCUGAGGCCCAGCAGACCUACUGGGGCUCCAAGUUGCCCAAGCUUCGCCAGAUCAAGGCGAAAUGGGACCCCAAUGAUGUCUUUCACAACCCCCAAAGUGUCGACCCCGCGUAG